CUCUCUCCUGCCCUAAGCCUGGCUCCCACCAUGAGUGCCGAGCUCAACGUGCCUGUGGCCCCCUCCACACCAGCCUGCUCUGAGCCCGGCCACAAGGGCAUGGAUUACCGGGACUGGGUCCGCCGCAGCUACCUGGAACUGGUCACCUCCAACCACCACUCGGUGCAGGCCCUCUCCUGGAGGAAGCUCUACCUGAGCAGGGCCAAGCUGAAGGCCUCCAGCAGGACCUCCGCCCUCCUCUCUGGCUUCGCCAUGGUGGCCAUGGUGGAGGUGCAGCUGGAGACGCAGUACCAAUACCCGCGGCCGCUGCUCAUCGCCUUCAGCGCCUGCACCACAGUGCUGGUGGCCGUGCACCUCUUCGCCCUGCUCAUCAGCACGUGCAUCCUGCCCAACGUGGAGGCAGUGAGCAACAUCCACAACCUCAACUCCAUCAGCGAGUCGCCGCAUGAGCGCAUGCACCCCUACAUUGAGCUGGCCUGGGGCUUCUCCACUGUACUUGGCAUCCUGCUCUUCCUGGCCGAGGUGGUGUUACUCUGCUGGAUCAAGUUCCUACCCGUGGACGCGCGGCCCCAGCCUGGCCUCCCACCUGGCCCGGGUGGCCACACGGGCUGGCAGGCCGCCCUCGUGUCCACCAUCAUCAUGGUGCCCGUGGGCCUCAUCUUCGUGGUCUUCACCAUCCACUUCUACCGCUCGCUGGUGCGGCACAAAACUGAGCGACACAACCGCGAGAUCGAGGAGCUGCACAAGCUCAAGGUGCAGCUGGACGGGCACGAGCGCAGCCUGCAGGUGGUGUAAGGACGCUGGUGGCACAGGGAUGGCUGCAGGGGGGCGGGGGGCUUCCCUUCAGAGGAGGAGACAUGGGCAGUAGAUCCCCCAUGGUGUGCCCUGAGCCCAGCAGAAAUUGCCUGCAUUUGGGGGAAUUUAAAAAAUGCCAAGUGUCAGCGAGGCUGUGUAGACACUGCCAGAUAGUUGAAGACCAAAGUUUUACUCCUGUCUUAAUGCUGUAGCGUUCUCUGGACAAUUCUCCUCUGAAAAUGGAAAUCCUUAGUGAAACAAGAGACUCCAUUGCUAAGAGCAAAGGAGGCAAAGAAAGGCUGACUCCUCUACCCUGGGCAUUUCCCGGGAAGAGAAGGGCAGCUGAGAGGGGUCCGAGCGGUGAGAUGUUGGAAUGGGCGUUGAGGGCAGGCUGAAGAUGCCCAAGGGCACGUGCCCAUCAGCUCCAUUCCAGGAAGGGCUCCAAGCAGCACCCAGUGGUCAAGGGUAAUCUCGGAGACCUGGGGCCAGAGGGUGCUGGGAGCCUGGAGGGGCAGGGAGUCUGUGUUCAGAGGACGAUUGCUCUGUAAGACCUGAGUACUUCUGGGUAGCAUGUCUGACGGUGACACACUAUUGUGGUAGACGGGGACUGGA